GCCCCAAACACAUCGAACAAUCCGAAUGAAGAUGAUGUAGGGGAACCAUCGGAGUUCGCACGUGCAAAAGGGCAAACACGUCGUCCACCUCACCGGCGACUCCAUCCACCGUUCUAAGGUCAAAGAAACCUACAACGGCGCCCCAAACAGAUCGAACAAUCCAAAAACGUUCACGCUUUUGUCGACACGUUCUACAACCUUGUCACCAACAUUUAUGAAUGGGGCGGGGACAAUCGUUUCACUUUUCUCCGGCGAUUAAAGGCAAAUCGAACCUUGAAUCGAGCAGAAUUCAUGAACAGAUGGCUGUAGAUCUGAUUGGAGUGAAGGCUGGACAAAAGAUUCAUGACGCUGGUUGCGGUGUUGGUGGUCCGAUGCGUGCGAUUGCGUCUUAUUCUGGGUGUAAUGUCACUGGAAUUACCAUUAAUGAGUAUCAGACUAGAUGGGUGAAGAUUGGGGGAAGUGAGAGGACUAGGUGUGGUUUAUGAGGGCUAGGGAGGUCGCAGGUGGUUUCAGUCGUGGUGUGAUGGUGAUGUGAAAAAUGGUGGAGGGUGGUGGCUUGUGGUGGUUGUUGACAGUAGAGAGAUAGAGAGGUAAAGAGAUACAGAGAAACAUAUUAUAUUUCUUUGAUUUUUCAAAUUAUUACAAACUAGCCCUAAACAUAAGUUGUUUUACACAAUAGUCCCUGAAGAGAUGAAAUGACAACAAUGCACUCAUGUGUAAGACACAUAACCAAACUUAAAUAAAAUCUAACUGGGUUUGGCCUAAAGGACAUAACAUGCAAGAUUUUGGAACAUUAAGUACGAAACUUGUCAACUUUUGCGCUAAAAGACGGCGCCUGCGAUUUGGUAUAAACAUAAAGACAACUUGUAAUUUACUCUAUAUAAAAUUAUGAUUACUAUAGAUAUAUACGAUAAAAUAUAACCAUAAAUGAUGUAAAAUAUUUAUAGAUUUGUAUGAAGAAAAUAUUUAAUAGGUAAUAUACUAGCAGAGCCCCUAAGGAAAGUUUAAGCUUGAAAUUUAUUAAUGAGCUUAUCUCGAGUUCUAGGUGUAGAGCGGAGGCUCUAUAUGUGCAUGCAUAAGCUAAACAAGCAAAGCUGCGCUUUAGACUAGUUCAGACUUGACUCAACUUAUUAUCACAAUG